UAGUUAACAUAAAUGGUAGCAAACUUGCUUUAAGAGAUAUACUUAGCUGAUUGACAUCAAUUGUUACAUUACAAAAAAUAUCUAAUUGACAUGAGUAGAUAUAUAUUUCCCCCGUAUAUAGGUCUUGGGAAAAUGUCAUUCACACCUAUUCUGUUGAUCCUAUGGUAACUGCUAUCUGGUAUUACUGUUGCUGGUCAUUGCAUGUAGACUUUUAGGGGUGGUUUACUAAUGAAGUUAUAUUUCUUGCUUCACCAAUGUGUAUUUCUUGUUCAUUCAUAUUUCUAUCUUCACCAAUGCAGAUCUUGGGCAUCCAUGAUUGUAAAGCUCAUCUUUGGGUCGCUAUGGUGCCUUGUCCACCUAGUGAUCAGCCUAUUUGGUUUAUUAUCGCAUCUGAGGAAUAAUUUAGAAUGCUAUCUCAUUUCAUUCAAAUUAUUGCCGAAGUACGAAAAUCUACUGCUUGAGAGACUUCAGUACUUGGGCAUUGUAGUAGAUAGCGGAGAAGCAAAGAAUGCUUUGAAGGUCAAGCAACUUUUACAUUGGUUCUCAACUCUUGGGAUUAAGUAUCUAGUUCUUUAUGACAUUGAAGGAGUACUGAAGGAAUUGCUUCAACCUGGUAUAGAAGCCUCAAGAGAUGAGAACCCAAGAAAUUCUUUAGAUGUUUUUGCAGAGACCAAAGCUUCAAUGUGCAGUCGUGAGGGGAUGCUUAUAGAGUGUCUUUCUGGUUGUGAUGGCAAGGAAGCAAUCGCUAAAGCAGCAAACUUACUUUACUCGGCUUGCUGCAACUCUGGUAAAAGUUGUAAAUUUGUGUUUACAGAAGCUGAUAUGACUAAUGUGCUGAAAGUGCUAGGUAGUGGUGGGCCAGAACCUGAUCUUCUUCUUGUGUAUGGUCCUGGUAGAUGUCAUUUAGGAUUUCCUGCAUGGAGAUUACGGUACACAGAGAUUAUGUACAUGGGUUCACUGGAAUCGAUGAAAUAUGGUUCUGUCCUGAAAGCUUUAUACCAGUUUCAACAUAAAUACCAAAAUUAUGGUAAAUGAGACUAUGAGAGCGAUGUACUCCUACUGACCAAAUUUUACGGAAGUCUUGGACUCUUGGCAACUAUGUACGUUAUGUUACCUUUUUGGAAGAGAAUCAAAAUGGGCCACCUGUAGAAUGUUAUUUUGUUUUCACCAGAAAGAAUGUAUAACUGCAUAUUCUCAGUUAGGUUGUAAAAACUCAACCAAAUGCAUGUGUACAGACAGACAAUGUUGUUGUUUUUCUUCAAUCUGGCAUUCUUGCAAAUCAUACUACUACUUU